CUUUUUUGGAUCCUUACAUAACUGCGGAGUUGGUUUGUUCUGGCCAAAUAUUCAGGUUUAAUAAGAGCUUUUAGCGAUGUAUAUUUUUGAAAAGAUGACACAGUCGGUGUGUACCGUUGGAGCAAGCUUCAUCACCACUUUCGUCUUCAUCUAGCGGCAGGUUCCCAAUACAAUUAUGGAGUUUUGAGAAGGGUUUUGUGUGUUUUUGGGGGGGAAAGGGGGUCUUUCCCCUCAAUUUUGAUGGACUAUUUGAAGGGACUUUCUGGAGGGUUAUUGAACCUGCCUUUUGUAAAAUAUUGUAUAUGUUUUUUUUUGAAGUUGGAAAAGGAGAGAAUAUUUUUUGUAAUAUAUUAAUAGUAUAUUUGUAUUUUAUAUAAGUGUAUAAUUUAUAUAUACGUUUAUUGAAUUCCUGAUGCCAUUGUAUGUUUCUAACACAUUUGGUUGUGUUGAGCUUUGGGUCUACAUGGUGGACUAAGAUGACCUAAAACAAGGCCAUGGGGUUGCUAGGGUGCGGUGGAAUCUCAACACAAGCACAAUUCUAGCACCCCAUAACAAUCUCCCACCUUUUUCUAUUUUCUUCAGAGAGCAGCUACUUACAAAACAUUAUAAUUUCAAAGUCACAUUGACUUGACCUAAAGCGUUCUCUUAGGGUUUGUUGCUGUUUCAUUGUUUGUUUUAGAGUUGGGAGUGGGGGGAGCAGGGUCUCCGUGACUGGGUAAGUUUGCUGCUUUAGAGCGGGGAGUUUACUGCAAAGUUUAGAAGUCUCUCAGGAUGAGCGUGGUGAUGGCAAACCCGGACUGCACGCCAAAAUGCCGCUCUGUGCGGCAUGCAGAUGAAGUGGUGGCGGCGCUGACGCGGGGUUCAGAGGGGAGCCUGCGGGCCUUCCUCAACAACCACUGCCACAACGCGGCCACACUGAGGGACUCCUUCGGUCGCACGGCCCUGCACCUGGCCGCCUCACUGGGCAAGAGGGCCCUGCUGGAGUGGAUGCUGGAGAGCAAGAGCCCUGACCUCAUGGUGAAGGACAAGGAGUCUGGCUGGACCGCCCUGCACCGCAGUGUCUUCUACGGACACAUUCACUGCCUCAUGUCACUCAUUAAGCAUGGUGGCAUUCUCUCCACCCAGGAUAAGGAGGGACUCUCUGUCCUGGACUUAACCAUGAAGGACAGGCCAGCACACGUGGUGUUUACGAAGACGGACCCCACUGAGGUUUAUACUUGGGGGAGCAACACCAAUUUCAGUCUGGGGCACGGGAACCAGGAGAGCAGGCAUCACCCAGAGAUUGUGGAUCUGUUUGCCCGUACCAGGGUUUACGUCAAACAGGUGGUGCUGUGUAAGUUCCACUCCGUGUUCCUGUCUCAGAAGGGGCAGGUGUAUACAUGUGGACACGGGCAGGGAGGUCGGCUGGGACACGGGGACGAACAGACAUAUCUGGUUCCUCGGAUGGUGGAGGGGCUCCUGUCUCAUCACUGCUCCCAGGUGGCUGCAGCCAAGGACCACACGGUGGUGCUGACCGAGGAGGGCUAUGUCUACACCUUCGGCCUCAACACCUUCCACCAGCUGGGCCUGGCUCCCCCGCCCGCCUCCAGCCACCUGCCCAAACAGGUAUUCUCCAAGACCCUUAAAGGCAGGACUGUUAUUGGUGUAGCAGCGGGGAGAUUCCACACAGUUCUGUGGACCAGGGAGGCUGUCUACACAGUGGGACUGAACGGAGGGCAGCUGGGCUACCUGUUGGACCCCAACGGGGAGAGGUGUGUGACCGCGCCUCGCCAGGUGUCUGCCCUGUACCACAAGGACGUCACCAUCGCCAUGGCAGUGGCCAGUAAUGGGGCAACAUUGGUGGUGACAGAGAAGGGAGAUGUCUACCUGCUAGCUGACUAUCAGUGCAAGAAGUUGGCAUCCAGACAACUGAACAUCCGGAAGGUCCUUGUGAGCGGAGGCAGUCUGGACCAUCGUGUGGACCCCCAGGUCCUGAAUGAGGGAGGGGGAGAGAAGGUGGCCAUCCUGGCCCUGGAUGAAGCUGGGAGGGUUUUUUGCUGGCGCUCAGUGGGUGGUUCGGUGAGACAAUGCAGGUGGGCAUACGGGCGCCAGGUGUUCAUGUCAGACAUUGCCCUGAGCAGGAACAACAUGAUGUUUGUCACACAGGAAGGGGAGGGCUUCAGCGGACAGUGGCACGGAGAGUACAGGAAGAGCGUGGAGAAGAAAGAUGGGAGUGUGGAGGUGUGUGGUUACCCAGAGGGUGGAACUGUGUGCGAGCGAAUCCGCUUGGAGAAGCUCCCCUAUGUCCACCGUGCCGUCAGCAUCACCAUGGACUCCAAGGGACGCAACUUUGGAGUGCUGCAGUCUGACCCUAAAACCAGCCUGUUUGAGAUUCCCAGCGUAUCUCCCUCCUCCUUCUCCCAACACUUCCGGGGCCUGCUGGAGGAAGCGGACGAGACGGACAGCAUCCACGACUUGACCCUGCAGGCUGGAGACCGCACCUUCCCCGCCCACAAGUACCUCCUGUCCAUGAGGUCCGAGUUCUUCAGGAAUCAGCUGGUGCCGGACGGGGGGGAGGGAGACGGGGAGGUGAGGAGGAGCGAGGAUGCGGUGGGCUGUGACCUGCUGGUGGUGGAGACGGUGAGCCCUGAGAUGCUGGAGCAUGUCCUGAAGUUCAUCUACACCGACUCCUGUGAUCUGCUGGUGCAGGGCCACCGGCCUCGAGUCUUAGGUCAGAACCAGAAUCAACAGGGCCCGGAGCAGGAGCAGCUGAUCAGCAGCCUGCAGGACCUGGGCUUCCAUGAGGGCAACCUGAGGGACCGCUUGGCCCUGGAAGUGUACCGCUCACUGACCCCAUCGGCACGAGGGGACGGAGACAAGCCCAAAAGCAAGGGCACCAAGCCUGGGAAAAAAGGCAAGGGAGGCAAGGCUGGAGCUGGAGAGGGAGGAAGAGUCAACCCGGUCAAGACCUUACAGGGCGUGGCCAAGAAGCUCGGCAUGGGCAGUCUGUCGGCACGUUUGGAUGGAGUGCAGUAUGACAACGGGAAGAUCAAUGUAGUGCUUAAGAUGACGGCCAACAAGCCACGAUAUAACCAGAAAAAGUGCUCCUACCUCUGUGAUGUCACUCUGAGGUCUGAGGAUGGCAAGGAGUUCCCCUGUCACAAGUGUGUGCUGUGUGCCAGACUUGAGUACUUCCACAGUAUGCUGGGGAACCCCUGGAUAGAGGCCACUUCUUGUAGUGCCCUAGAGAUGCCCACCAGCUCAGAGAUACUGCAGGUCAUCCUAGAAUAUGUCUACACUGACGAGUCUCCCACUAUCAAAGAGUCUCUCAAUGUGGAGUUUGUCUGCAACGUGUUGGUGGUGGCCGAUCAGCUUCUCAUCACCCGACUGAAGGAGAUGUGUGAGGUGGCCAUCACUGAGAACCUGACGCUGAAGAACGCUGCGGAGCUGCUGCAGUUUUCUGCCAUGUACAACGCUGAGCAGCUCAAACUGUCCUGCAUCCAGUUCAUCGUGCACAACAUGGCUGCCCUGCUUGAGUCCAAAGCACUGGAUAUCCUGAGUGAUGACGUGCUGGUGGAGCUUUCUGCCUCCUACAGGAGGAUGAUUCCGGCCAUGCAGAAGCGACUGAUCACGCCUUACCCAGACGCCCCGGACCUCACUGUGUACGAGGACAUGGACUCUUCAUUCAGCGCUAAAGCUGACGCUGAACUAGACUACUCCUGCAGGGAGACUCUGCUGAAGAAGGCUAAGUUGAAGGCCAAAAGAAAACCUAGGCGACGCUCCGACAGCUCAGGGGGUUACACCCUUUCUGACAUCAUCCAGAGCCCACCUGCUGCAGGUAGAACACACAACACUUUAUCACGGCACACAAUAAUUAUUUCCUUUAGUUGGAGUUGGGCUGAUAUGGAUUAUGAUAGUCUCUUCUCAGUCCUCUCUCCCAGCCUGGUCAAGUCAGGAAAGACCAACUCCAUGGAGUCUCUGCAGGAGCUGAUGACAUCUGACUCCGAGGGCAGCUACAAGGAUGUGCGCAGCCCCCGAAACCUCCAGAGUCCCGUGUUCCACGACAGGCCCGAGGAGGGGAGGGCUGAAGGAGGUCCCAGGUUGAAGACGCCCCCCAGCACCACCGCCACCAUGCGGAACGGCCUCCCCGCCGAACCCCCAAAGAGUUCUGUUCCAGAGCACAUCCCCAAGGUCACAGCCAGUCCUGCUCUGUCACGUCCUGUCUUGGAUAUCAGGGCCAUCAUGGAUAUGGAAGCCAGCUCAAAGACUCAAAGUCUCAGAGCCACUCCCAAAAGUCCUGUCAGUGUUGGCAGCAGUAGCAAGCAGUCCCCUCUCCCAGCCAAGCUCUCCCAGAAGCAGAGGAAGAUGAUCGCCAUGGCAACCAAGGAGGGCAGUGCGGAGUGUGCCCUAUCCAAAUCGCCACCAGUCAUUACUCCCUCAAAGAAUGUGAAAGCAUGGGCCACUCCGGUCCAGACACCCCCUUCGUCUCGAGCUUUCCGGGACCUCCUGGUGGAGGAGGAGAGCCUGGUCAGGAACGGGAGGCCAGGGUCCCCGGGAAAGCCAGUUGCUCAGGGCCCUCUGGUCUCUGCUGCCAGGAGGGUCAACUUCAAAUGUACUGCUAAGCUCCCCAGCGAGCCAGAGAGACCUGCUGGCCCCUGGGUGCUGGGAGUGGCAGGCAGCCCCCCUACAGCCUCCAUGGUAACCUUUGCUUCUAUCGUGGAGGAGGAGAAACAGCAGGAGGCUGCACUGAUCCGCAGCCGAGAGAAACUUCUGGCGCUCAUUCAGAUUGAGGAGGCAGCGAUCCAAGAGCUUUUGUAUCACUACGGCACCCGCAACAACCCCGACGAGAUGAUUGUGGUGGAGAGGUGUGUCCAGGGGCCCAUCGCCAUCCCCUUCUGGAACAAACACUGAGACGUCGCACGUCACAUACCCAUCUCCUUAUCCACCCGAUGACCAUAUGUAUCUCCUGUCAGUCAUUGUUACGAUAUACCUCAGGCCUAGUUGUGCCAGUGGGCUGGGUCUGACGCAGGUCUUUUUAUGCUUGACUCCAGUGUUCCUUAGGUUUGGGCACGGCUCUUCUUUUUUCGUGUUUACCUUUUUUUGAGUGUGUCCCUGAGCAAGGAACAGUGGGUGAAAUAAAUAUUUUUUGCACCUUGCCAUCAACUUGAGUAGAGAUACUCUUCCAAAAAGUUUCAGCUGUUUUAAAAUAUGUUCACAGUUAAGUAGUUGCCAAAGAUGAAGUAUGUAAGGAAAUGGAGCUGUCCAAAUUACAAAUUGGGUCCCGAACUACAUUAACAAAGCAGGAUUUGGUCCUUUUCAGCACUUUUUAGGUGAAUAAGCUGUGCCAAUUAGGAAAAGUACUAUAGCACAAGUUCCUCUGAGAAGAACUAAGCCUAAAGCCAGGGCUUGGAGUUCAGAGGCCAGCUUGAUCUGGUUGCUACCUAGUUCUAUUUUAUGAGUUGGGAAAUGCGUUGUGUUCUGGAUAUAUAUUGUGUGAUGCAGGGUAGUUGAAUCAUGAAAGGACGUGGUCGGGAGUGAUGGUGUCAUGCAGCCUGCCAUUUUCUAAUGUGAGCUAAUUGUAUAUGAGUAUUCGCUGGUUUCCCUUUAUCAGAGUUAUAGGGCAGGCUGUCGGGUUUGUGCCUUGCUUUCACCCUGACGAUCCUCUGAUGUGUACACACACUCACACACUAAUAAUUUCACUACUUUCUGGCUGGCUGUAUUUGAGUUGUUUUACUUUAUUUUGUGUUCUGGAGCUGAUGUGUUGGCUUGGUGACCCAGACCAUGUAAACCCAGUCUUUUUCCUUGCAGAGCCCUUCGUUUGAGACUUAGGAUGUUAGAAAAUGGCAUGCAAUAAAACAACUCACCUGUCCAAUGA